UUGAUUCGUUCACAGUUACAAGAAAUCACUACAUAGAGUCUCUCGAGUCUCUGUAGAUAUAACAAACACAGAAAUAAAUAACACAAAAUAAAUUGUAGCUAUGCGUCGAUUCCACGCGACACAUAGCUGAACAAUAGCGUGGGGGGAGUGAGUAAUCAAGAGUUGCGUUGCGCUCAAACAAAAGACGAAUCGACGAGAUUUGAAAAUAGCGUAACUCCGGGAUCACAUAAGUUGGGGUAGCGUAAGUCGAGAUAUUACUGUACUGUAAAAGUAAUUUGCAAAUACAAAAAUGUUUUGUGAAUAGUCAUGUGGUCAGACAAAAUUUUUCAGUUGCAAAUAACCAAAAGUGCAGAUACCAAACACGCAAAUACUGCGAAUUACCUGUACAUCUUUUUAAUUUAAUUUUUUGAAAAUUAUGCUUUAUUUGCUUUCUUUGCUUUAUUCUGUGAGCUGAUGCAAUCUUAUUUUUGAUUAAAUUCGGCAAUCAUUAUUUAUAAAAAUUAAAUUUCCACAUGUGUAAAUUCUUUAAAAAAAUUUUUUUAAAUAAUCCAUACAAAUGUUAAAAACUGAAAUCACUAAAAGCUUCAACAGUAUUGGUUCAUUAAUUUUCUUUUCAGAGUACAAAAUAUCUUAAUUCUUGGGAAUUUUAUACAAUUGUUUUUUAUGUAUUAUUCACAAUUUGUAGUUUAUUGCUGCUUUGAUAAGCUUGAAAUUUUGUUUAAUGGGCAAUCGUAGAACACAGAAUCAGUUUUUAGAAAUGGAUAAAUUAGUAUAAUAAAUUCGAAAUGAAUUAUACAGAAUUACGGGGGUGUGUCAGAGCUGUCAAGCGUGCGAGUGAACUUUUUUUGAGAGGUUGGUAGAACAAGUUUGGGAUGGAAAUAACAAAAAAUUACGCAAUGUGGUAUGUACAAAUUAGAGCUGUUGACAUUAAUUUAACAUUGGGAAUGAUUAAAAUACUAUUAAUAAUUGCCGGAAUUGAAAUAAAUCCUGGUCCUCUCCCCCGCUCACCACUUCGGUCAAGUCAGUUGGAUAUGCAAAAAAGGGGGCGGGGUAGACCUAGGAAGGAAAGUCACAAGGAUGAAGAAAGGGAAACACAGUUACUGGAAAUUUUAAGUGAGGAAUACCAAAUUGAAGAAAAGGUCGAAAGAAAUAAUGGGACCCCGAGAAAUUCGAAAAUUCAGGAUUAUUUUAAACCGGCAAGAGAAACCGAAAAACAAGUUAAACUUAGAAAUUCAAUCAAUAAAAGCUGAAGUUAAUAAGAUAAAAGAAGAAAAUAAUAGUUAUAAAGAAGAGAUGAAGAUAAUUGGUUACAAGAUACAAAAAUUAGAAGAAAAUUAUAAAAAUAACGAAAAGAUAAAAGGUAUGUUGGAAUUCGAAUUUGAUAAAUUGGUAAAUGAGACUACAAAUAAGAAUAUAAUAAUUUUUAAUUUUCCGGUUAAAACAUGGAACGUUGUUCAAGAAAUCAAACAAUUUAUUAACGAAGAAUUAGGUCUAAAAAAUAUAGAAAUUGAAGGACUAGUUCAACUUAAAAAUAGUAAGAAUAACCUAAUAAUAAAAGUAAUUCUGGAAUCUGUAAAAGAUAGAAAUUUAGUUCUCAAAAGAUUUUGGACUUUGAAACCAAAAAUUGUUAAUGAAACCGAGAAAAAAAUAAUAAUUACAACGGAUUUGUGUAUUAGAUCAAGAAUUAGAAGAAAAAAACUACAGGAUCAAAUUAAAGUGGAAAAAACUACUAAAAAUAAAAUAUUAAUAAGAGAUGAUUACUAUAUUAAGGAUAAUAUAAUAUAUACAAUUGAUAUGAAUACAAACAAGAUUCUUCAAAUGGAUUGUUCUCUUAGAAAUACACAGACGAUUAAAAAGAACAGGACUGACAAGAGAAUCAUACCGAAUUAAGUUUAUAUUCCUCUAAUAAGAAAACAGUAAUUGAAAAAAAUUGUAAUAAAAGCUUAGUAAAACUGGAAAAUAGUAAAGUAAAAGUAAAGGAAAAAAUGUUAGUAAUGUAAUGGUAGUAAAAAUAUGAGAGAGUCUAACAAAAAAAAAAAAAAUCUGUCCAAUAGGGUUUUGGAAAAAUAUAUAUAGGGUCUUUGCGAAAAAAUUAUAAAGUAUUACUAAAGAAAUUUAUAGACCCUAACAUAAUAAUUGGUUCUACGGUAACCUGUAUGAUAAUUUGAAGUGACAGUCAAAGUUAAUAAUUAAUAAACACUUGAUCAUAGUAUUUAGUAAAGCAAAAAAUGAAGAAAUAAGAAUAAAUUAAUCUACUAUGUUAAAGUAGCUAUCAUAAAUAUAAAUUUAAUAACGAAAAUAAGAUCUAUGUAAUGUAAAAACAUUGAGAUAUUGUAUACGGAAUAAUGAAUAAAUUUGAAGUGUAUUUAAAACGGGUAAAAAGGUACAUACUGAAUGUGAUGUAUAAGUUAAAAUAUAAUUAGAUGUAGAAAUAAAUCUAUGUAGAUAAUCAAGAAAUUGUGAAAUCCAACCACCCUGAUUGUAACAGACGGAAGGCGAAUGCUCAUCGAAAAGUUAAUGUAUGUAAAGUUCUAAUAAUUGUGUAAACAUCCCCCUUGUAACAGGCUAUUGCCUAUUACGUUAAUAAACAUUCUAUUCUACAGAAUUACAAUUUCUAAAACUGUUUUAAAAAGAACAAAUUCAUAAUAUUCAAAAGUAUAAAUUACUCAACAGUUAAUCUUGUAAUUUGCUUGAAUAAACAAAUCUACAUUUGAAAUGCAAAGGUUUAAAAUUACAUUCCUGAACUUUUCUUAGUUGCCCUUCGCUUCUCUAAUUUGAUUGCAGGUGUUAAUAAAUUAAUUUAAAAGUAAUUAUAAUUUCAAGGAUACAGUUUAUUACUUUUCAGCUUUGAUUUCAGUGUUAUUGACAUUUUAUUGAAAUAAUAAAUUCAAACUCGUUGUUUUAUUGAUGAAUCUUAAUAAUAAUAAUGCAAAUAUAUACUAAUCAUUUUUAUAUAAC